ACAGCCGGGGAACGGCGGAGCUCCGCCGCGCUGCCAGGGAGCGGCCGCGGGGCCUGGAGCGCUGCCAGAGAGCGGCCGCGGGGCUCCCGCCGCGCGGAUGCACUUUUUUAUGUUUAUUUCAUAACCUGAGAGAGGAAUAGCAUUUGGAAUAAUGGCAACAGGAGACCUAAAUGGAAGUUUAAGAAAAAUAGAACAAGGACUUCGCUUGUUAAAUUAUCCACGAGAUGUGGAUUAUACAGUGUUAGUAAAAGGGGAUCCAGCUGCAUUUUUACCUAUCAUCAGCUAUUGUUUUACAUCUUUUUCAACUUGCAUAGCAGAGCUUUUGGUAAAGUGUGAUGUGGAACUGACAGCCAAGAGCGACUUGCGUUUUAUUGAAGCUGUUUAUAAGUUUCUUCGGGAUCAAUUUCAGUAUAAACCAAUUUUAACAAAAGAGCAGUUUCUUCAAGUUGGCUUUGCAGAAAGAAAAAUGCAAAUUGUUUGUGACAUUAUCAACUGUGUGGUGAAGAAACAUAAGGAGUUGAGUAACUCUAGUAAGGUUAAAUCCCAAACGAGAAAAAAAAUCAGACCUCUUAAGUCUGAAGUGUGGUCAAAUUGUGGUAAAGGUCUUGCUGAUCCAAGUCGCAGUGCUCUGAAUCCCAAACAGCAUACUCAAAAGAAGCCUCUAGUUGAACGACACUCAGGAAAUGAAGUUAGUGGUGAUCUUUGUCCACUACCCCUUCCAGCACAGGGAGGGACUGAGGAAGAAUUGAGCCCAGAUUAUGAUAUUGUGGAAGUUAACUGUGAACAAGUCAUAGAAGAAAAUUCACAAAUUGAGUUUUUAAAGAGUCAGCUUGCAGAUUUCCAGGAAAAGCUUCAUAAGCUAGAUUGGAUGGAAGAUAAGCUACAAGUUUUAGAAGAGAAACUGCAAGGAAAGGUGAUCGUAGAUGAGAAGGAGUGGAAUAACUUACUGAAUCGAGUUUUGCUUCUUGAAACAGAACUGUUGUUACAAUCCAGAAAGAGAGACUUUCUUAAAGACUUCAGCAAUAUAAAUCAAAAAAGAACUUCUAGUAGCAUUCCAGUUUCCCUUGAUAUGGAGAGGAAUGAGGAGAUGCCAGGGAGUCAUCUUCAGUCGUCUGGAUGCGGUUCGCUGUUAUCCACAGACCAAUCUCCCAAAGACAUGACCAUUAAUUCUCAUGAUCUGACAGACAUUUCAAAGGAGACAAUAAGACAAAGAAUGGAAAAGAUAAGUAAAAUAAUGGAAGAAACCUUCAAAUUGUUCAAAACACCAAGCCCACCUCUGGGAAUACCUGCAAGCACAAGUCUUCAGACCUUGUCUCUGCAGCCUUGUGGAUACCAGAAAUAAUCUGUAUGUUUGUACAGCGUUAAAUUUUUAAUAUAUCAAAUUUGUAAUGAUCACUAUUGCUUUUAUUGCUUUGAAUAAAUAUUUUACUCAUGCAUCUGUGUAUUGAUUUCCCUCCCCACGACCACAAUUUUUGAUUUUAAAGACUAUUCAAAUAGCUUCUUCCCCCCUCCUUGCACUUUUGUAAAUUGAAGUCAUUACAGCAGUGUAUUCUUGUGUUGACAUUUGUUAGCAGUGUGCUAAGUAAUAUGUUUUUUAAAGUGUGUGGGCUUGAGGACUGUGGUUUACAUCCUGUUGGAAACAUUCCAGCUGGAACUUGCAUAUUACACCCAAGAGGCAUUCUUACAUACCAUCCUACCAUCUGUACUCUUGAAUAAGUCUUAAUAAAAAACUUACAUACACAGUUUCAAA